AUGCAUGAUUCUUAUACCGAGCUUUUCCUCCCUUUCGAGUCGUCCCCGGAACUUAUGGAAAAAUAUACCAACGCUGCCGGCGGAAUUAGGACAGGAAAGCUUAUGGAACACCUCGAUUCUUUGGCUGGCUCAAUUUCCUACAAGCAUAUGUCGGGUGCAGACAUCGAGACCCUCGGGGCCAUCACAGAGAAGGGGUUCUACAUUGUGACGGCAGCUGUUGACAGGUUAGAUAUGCUUGCACCCAUCUCACCCGUACGCGAUCUCCGGCUCUCAGGCCAUGUGAUUCAUGUCGGGAGGAGCUCCAUGGAAGUUGCCGUCAAGAUGGAGGCUCUCAGCGAUGGAGAGGAAGAAAAGACGCUCAUGUUGGGCCGUUUCUCUAUGGUCUGCAGGGAUGCAUUCACUCAUCGUGCGCAUCCCGUCAAUCCUCUCAAAGUUUCCACACCGGAGGAACAGUCGUUACAUCAUAUCGGCGACAUGCACAAACGAAGGAGACAGUCACAGGCUAAACGCUCCCUAUCAAAAGUGCCUCCGUCAUCCAUAGAGGCAGAAGCGCUUCACAAAUUCAUCCUCGAGCACGGAAAUGAAGAUCAUUUCAAUAGAGAACGCGUAUGGAUGGGUGACACCAAGCUCGAACGCACAACGAUAAUGUUUCCUCAAGAAAGAAACUUGCACCAGAAGAUUUUCGGAGGUUAUCUCAUGCGCUUGGCUUACGAGGCUCUUCUCGGCUUCACCAACUCUCGCCUCUUCACCCGCGAGCCAGUUCGCUUCCUCUCGCUCGACAACAUCUCCUUCGCAAGACCUGUGUCUAUCGGUUCCCUCCUCCGUCUUACCUCGCAUAUCUUGCACACGAGCUCUUCAGAGCAGUUCCCCGCCAUUGUCCACGUCCGAGUUCUUGCUACAGUAGUUGACGUCGAGACAGGCAAAGAGGAGAUGACAAACGACUUCCGAUUCACGUGGUGCAGGGAAGAAGGACCACCUCUGCCUCGAAAGGUGGUGCCAAAGACAUAUUCGGAGGCGAUGCUGUGGCUCGAAGGGAAGCGUGCGCUCGACAUGCGUGCCACCAUCGAGGGCUUGAGGGCAUCGAACUCGUCACCUUCGAGCUAG